CGUCGUCGUUGCAGUGUUCGCUCUUUUCUGGGAAGAAAACGCAGCAACUGUUCUGAAAAAUCUCAAAUUUCUGUCUUGCUUCAGUGUUCCAUCUUCUAGAAGUGUACCGUCGUUAGCAGUGAAACGGAACAAUGAUUCCACAAAGCCAUUUGGAAGUGGGCGUCCGGAUUAGAAUCGGACAACAUUACGGAACCAUUCGCUACAUUGGAGAGGUGGCCAACACCGACGGCGAAUGGAUCGGUGUCGAAUGGGAUGAUCCCCAGCGGGGCAAACAUUCCGGAACGGUAAACGGGGUUGAGUACUUCCAAACAAGAGCUGAGAAUGCAGGGUCGAUGAUUCGCCCGGAGAAGAUUCCCACUUUUUGGACCCUGCUGGAAGCGAUCCACGACAAGUACAUUGUGACGAAGGAUACACUCCUAUUGGAUGCAGAAAUGAUGAAGGAAGUGCAGAAGCAGCUACAUGCAUCGCUGUUCGAGGUUGUCGGAAUGGAGAAGGUUGGAGGCAAGCAGAGCAACUUGAAUCAUCUGGUGGAUGUUUCGGUGGCAUAUUCUCCGGUAAACUCCGCUGGAGAUUUAUCCUGUUUCAAAAGUCUGCAUGCGUUGGACAUUUCCGCGACAUUGCUUUGGAAUUGGAAAAUCGUUGGAGACAUUAUGGCACAGAUUCCGACCCUGGAGGAGAUCAAUUUGUCGAACAACCGUCUGGUCAGACCGACGGAUGAAGAAAUUAGUUCGCUUGUAACGAAAUUUCAUAACCUGAAGAAAUUGAUCCUAAAAAAAUGUGCCCUCGGCUCAUGGGCGGAAUUGGUUCGGCUAGCUCGAAUGUGGCCACUGCUUGAGAAUUUAUCGCUGGAAGAUAACAACAUUCGCUUGAUAACGGAAGAAAGCUACGAAUUUGCGCUGACACAGUUGCAUAGUUUGGAUCUUCAGAACAAUCAGAUAAACAGUAGGGAUUCGAUUCAUGCCCUAGGGUAUCUUCCAGCACUUCAAGAGUUAUCUCUCAAUGCAAAUGGAAUCGAGGAGAUCAGUUUCCCAGACUGUCCACACACGGAGAAGACCGCGCUAUUCCCAAAGUUGCAAAUACUUUACCUGAGAGAGAAUCCCAUUCUGGACCAGUGUGCUGCGUUUAAUGAGCUGGACAAGCUGGCCGCGUUGGAGCAUUUGACCAUGGAUCCGGACACGAGAGUGAGUUAUGAGGAAACGGUUGCACGUGUGGUUGGUUCGAUUGCCAGGUUGAAGAUGUUCAAUCGAUCCAGCAUUACAGAGAAGCUUCGCCGGGACUCGGAGUGUGACAUGUGGAAAAUGUAUGCCGUCCAGUGGGCCCACGUAAGAAAUGAUGCCCAGCAGCUGAAGGCGUUCUUCAAGUCGCACCGAAUGUACCCGCGGGUGAUGGACAGACUAGGCAGUCCGGAGCACAUCCUGCCGGACAACCGAAAGGUCUCCAAUAUGCUGAACCUGCAUCUGUUGAACGAACGUACCGGUGAAAUGCGCCAAAAGAAGGUACCCAAGAGGAUCAAUUUGCAAACGUUGGAAAACCUCAUUAUGAAAUUGUUUGGACCACCGGACCAGAAUCCGUUGCAGCUGUCGCUCCUGGAUCGCAAACGGGACGUUCGGAUUCCGCUGGACAACCACGGUAAGAGUUUGGAUUUCUACUCGGUCGAAGACCAGGACACGAUCGUAUUCUAAGUGUUGUGAAGUAGAGUAUUGUUUUAUUACUCCUACAUUCUUUCUGUGUUUAAUGGAUAUUGGAUACGAAAAUUUUGCAGUUGAAACUCGAACAUAAAAAAAAAAACAAUAUAAAACCGUAGAUUAAUGCUUUCUCGUCUCACUCGUUGCCUAAAUGGUUCAAAUUAUUUUGAAAGCUACCUAAUAUUUAUUAGUAAUUUAUUUGCGCACUAAAAAGCACACAAAACUUUGACAUUCAAAAUUUGGCAU